UUCAAUCUUCUUCAUUCUAAUCCUUUCUUCUUCCUCUUUUCACGUCUCUCGUUUUCUCCGGUGUCCUCCGGCAAGCUGUUCUGCUCCUCCGGCCGAUUUUAAGGUGAUACCUUGAAUAAGCAGUGAGAUGUCACUGACGGCCUCGAUUGCUAGUCCAAUUACAUCACUGUCUGUUGUACGCUCAGAAGAUAGGUGUUUGAAGCAACCAAAGAAUGUUUGGUCCAGUCCAGUUGGACUAAAUCCACUCAGCCUGCAAUUUCAUCCCUUUGAAAGAAAAAGAAUCACUAAUCAUGCUUAUAGGGUGAAGCAUUCUUCUGUCAUAUGUGCUGCUGCUCUGAAUGCCACCUGUGCUGCAGAACAAACUCAAACAGUCACACGUCAAUCGUCUACUAUUACUGUUGCACCUAUCCAAGGGAAAGAAAAGUCUCCGGAUCUUGAUGAUGGCGGGGACGGAUUUCCACCACGUGAUGAUGGUGAUGGUGGUGGCGGUGGCGGCGGCGGUGGUGGAAACUGGUCGGGUGGUUUCUUCUUUUUUGGCUUCCUUGCUUUCCUCGGUUUCUUGAAGGAUCAAGAGAGUGAAGGACCAUACCGAGAUGAACGGAGAAGAUGAGAGAUGUUAUAUACACACGCUCUUAUAUGUAUCUACAAUCUUGUAGUUGUUCUUAUCUCUCAUUGUUCUAUUAUUUGCUUGCUUUUCGAUCCAAAAUUUAGAAGCGAAUCGUUUAAUGAGUUGACAAGUUGGAAAAUCAGUAACGAUGUGUCCUCGGUGUCUGUCAUUGAAUAAAAACAGUUUACGAGUUUCGAUCGAGAACGAAUGCAUAAUAAGCUCACGGAUCUUCGUUCUA